CCUCUCUCUCCCCCUCCCUGUCCCUCUGUCUCACAGCCUCUCUCUCCCCCCACCCCCAGCCUCCGGAGUGUCGAUCCCGGACGGGGAUGCCUGGUUUCACGCUGACUGCGCCGGUGACCAGGUGGAUUGCGAGGUCGGGGCUCUGCACGGGGACGGCGAGGGGGAGACCGGACGGAGGUACCUCGCCAGCCUGCAGCUGCCCGCCUCCAACCUGGGCAUGACGCUGAUGCUGGUGGGCCAGCGAGCGGACUCCAGGGUGCUUCCCACCGCAGUCGAGUUCCUCGUUCACACUCGGACGUCGAGGAUCCGGACCCGUCUGGGCCGCCCCGUGCAGGCGCACUGCGCCCAGGAGGGGCUCUGGGGACCCCAGCUCUCGGCCGAGUGGAGGCUGCAGCACCAGGGCGCGGGCCGUCGGCUCUACGUGAUCUCGGGCGGGGAGGGCCGGCAGGAGGCCGAGGGGGCCUUGGUGGACGCGGGCCGGGCCCGGAACGAGGGCCUCCUCUCGCUGCAUCUCGACAGGGUGGGCGUACGCGAGGAGGGAACGUACAUCUGUGCGGUGAUGGGCCCGUACGGGCAGGCACAGCAGACCAGCCUGAUCGAGGUCAUGGAGCCCCCUCGGGUGAGUGUCUUCGCCCAGCCCUCGGGCACGGGUCCCCGGGUCCUGCUGGUGUGUGAGGCCAGCCAGUUCUUCCCGCUGGCCGCUGACUUCGCCUGGGUGGUGCGGGCCCCUGGGGACGAUCCCGAGGCGGAGCCGGUCCCCGUCGAGCCGCUGCUUUUCGGCAGCCACCGGCGCAACCGGGACGGCACCUUCAACCUGUCGGCCGAGGUGGCCCUGGACGGCUGGCCGGAGGGCGACCCGCCCCCUCUCUACACCUGCCUGGUGACCCACCCGGGGCUGGAGGCCCCCCUCUCCGUCAGCAUCCGGCCGUGGCCUCCCGCCGACGAGACGGCGGGUUACCUGCGAAUCAUUUACCAGGGGGUGUUGCUGUCCGCGUUACUGCUGGUGGCUGGGAUGUACCUGCGCAGAGGCAACAGGACCCCGUCUGAAAUGCGUCCCAGCGUCCCAGGACCAGUCAAGACAACGGAAGAUUAAAGGGAACGGAGGGGCCUGUGCGGGAGGCGAGGGAGUGAGGGGAAGCCUGGCCUCACACUCUUCCCUUCUACCCUCCACUCUGGACAGCCAUCCCUUCCCGUUCCCUCCCCCUCCGCUCAACGCCCAGCUCCCGGUGUCGUCACCCUCAGGGCGACGGGCAGAGGGGGCUUGGACGGACCCGGUCCGCUGCUCCCUGAACGCGGCCGAGAGGGCGCUGUGUCUCUGUCGGACGAGGUGCCGGGUUCGAGAGAUCUGCUCGGACCCCGUCUGGAGUGUUCGAGAGGUUCCGGUCACACCGUUGCACGGAAGGGGGUGGGAGACUCGGAGAGGAGGUUUGCACCGAGAAGCUGCCUGGAUUCGAGCUCGGACGGACGUGGGGCAUUUCCUCUGGUUCGCUGGAUGGACUGGAAGGCGGGACUAGUUUCGUUAGGUCUUUAACUGUUAAUUUAAUUAGUGGGCACAACUUCAUGUGCUGCAUUCUAUGUUCAAUGCGCUGAACGGUGGGGAGUGUGGAGGGACAGAGGGACCUCAGUGUACGGGGGUAGGACACACACCGUGAACGGUGGGGAGUGUCGAGGGACAGGGGGACCUCGGUGUACGAGGGUAGGACACGCACCGUGAACGGUGGGGAGUGUCGAGGGACAGGGGGACCUCGGUGUACGGGGGUCGGACACACACCGUGAACGGUGGGGAGUGUCGAGGGACAGGGGGACCUCGGUGUGCGAGGGUCGGACACACACCGUGAACGGUGGGGAGUGUCGAGGGACAGGGGGACCUUGGUGUACGGGGGUAGGACACACACCGUGAACGGUAGGGAGUGUCGAGGGACAGGGGGACCUUGGUGUACGAGGGUCGGACACACACCGUGAACGGUGGGAGUGUCGAGGGACAGGGGGACCUCGGUGUACGGGGGAUAGGACACACACCGUGAACGGUGGGGAGUGUCGAGGGACAGGGGGACCUCCGUGUACAAGGGUGGGACACACUCUUUGAAUAGUGGGGUGAAUCACUUCCAACUCUCUACCCAAUUCCCUGCCUCUAACUCCCUCCAAGCCUCAAACUCCUGCAACUCCCUCCAAUCCCCUCCCCAAAUGCCUCUGCCUCUGCCUCACUCCAAAGAUUUAGGCCUUUCAACACCCCACCCCCCUCCACUUUUGACCCAUCCCGGUACUGGGAACCUGUCAAGGAUACUGUCAAUAAAGUUUGGGCUACGGA